UUUCAUUCAUUCUUACAUUUUUAACCUUUCCCUUGUGUUUUCACAUUGACCCUGAUAUAAUUCUGUAGCCAAACAGGGAGGGAUUCCAUUAUCCUCCCCUUACUUGGCAUGAUAUAAAACCCAUCUCCAUUCUCACUAAGAGCUCUGGUCUAUGUUCUUACCAACCGCAGUUAUGGAGAAUGAUAAUUGUACACAGCCGUUAACAGAGCCUUUGGCUGGGGAUUCUUCUACAAUCAAUGAUAAACACUAUAAACCUGAACCUGUGAUGCUACAGCAUGAGAAUUUCUCCAGUCAGCCACCUCAAUCCACUGUGGUUACUAUAUUACAAGAUGAUCCUCCCAUAAAAGAUUACGUGCUCUUCUCGAUCUUUAACAUCAUGGUUGCAAAUGUAUGCUGCUUAGGAUUCCUUGCCCUUGUCUUUUCUGUUAAGGUAAGAAUUACUUGUACGUGUCAUAUCUAGGGAAUCGACCAUUGGCAUUGAGUUUUUCAAGGGCUUGAAAGUUGAAACUCAGUAGUGUGACAAUCUUUUUCACUGAUAUAACUGGAAACGUCAAUCAUUCAUAAACCUGUUAACCAUGGCCCAAGAACAGUCCUGAUAUAAAUUUUACAAAAAUAAAUAAAACUCAAAUCAGACUGAUGGGGGAGGGGGGGCUUAGAACCAUUGGAAUUGUCUGAGAAUUACCCAUGUAGGCUGCAUUGUGGUAACAUCUGGGUAAGAUCCCCAGCUGCAGUUUCCCCAUCAUUGUUCUGUAGUGGUUACAGUUCGGGUUCGUACCGAACAUUACGGUUUUUGGACCCCGAACACGGACAUAUCACUGUAUAUUCGGGUUGGAGUUCGGUGAUUUAAUGGCACGUUUUCAAAGGCUGCAGGGCAGCCAAUCAACAAGCGUUUGAGUCGUGUGCCCUUAGAAGCCAUCACAGCCAUGCCUAAUAAUGGCAUGGCUGUGAUUGGCCAGUGCAGCAUGUGACCCAGCCUCUAUAUAUAAGCUGAAGUCGCGUAGCAUCGCACGCACAUGAGUUCUUAUUAGUGUAGGGAGAGGAAUUCUGCAAACUAGUACAUUAGUGGGGUGCACUUCAUAUCUGAGAGUCAAAUAGAAGCUUCAAAUACCGCUGUUACAUCGGAGUUUUAAAAAGCACAUUUUUUUGGGUGCUAAAUAGUAUAUUAGUGGGGUGCACUUCAUAUCUGAGAGUCAAAUAGAAUCGUCAAAUACUGCUGUCACGUUGCAGUUUUAAAACCUAAAAUGUUUUGGGUGCUAAACUGCUAAAUAGUAUUUUAGUGGGGUGCACUUCAUUUCUGAGAGUCAAAUAGAAGCGUCUAAUAGUGUGCUUACAGCGCAAUUGUAAAAAUCCUAAUUUUCUGGGUGCUAAUCUGCUAAAUAGUAAAUUUUGUGGCCUGCUCUUUACAUCUGAGAGUCAAAUCGAAGCAUCUAAUAGUGUGCUUACAGCGCAGAUGUAAAAAUUCUAAUUUUCUGGGUGCUAAUCUGCUAACUAGUACAUUUUGGGUGUGCUCUUCAUAUCUGAAAGUCAAAUAGAAGCUUCAAAUACCGCUGUUACAUCGGAGUUUUAAAAAGUAAAUUUUUUUGGGUGCUAAAUAGUAUAUUAGUGGGGUGCACUUCAUAUCUGAGAGUCAAAUAGAAUCGUCAAAUACUGCUGUCACGUUGCAGUUUUAAAACUUACAAUGUUUUGGGUGCUAAACUGCUAAAUAGUAUUUUAGUGGGGUGCACUUCAUUUCUGAGAGUCAAAUAGAAGCGUCUAAUAGUGUGCUUACAGCGCAAUUGUAAAAAUUCUAAUUUUCUGGGUGCUAAUCUGCUAAAUAGUACAUUUUGGGCGUGCACUUCAUAUCUGAGAGUCAAAUAGAAGCUUCAAAUACCGCUGUUACAUCGGAGUUUUAAAAAGCAAAUUUUUUUGGGUGCUAAAUAGUAUAUUAGUGGGGUGCACUUCAUAUCUGAGAGUCAAAUAGAAUCGUCAAAUACUGCUGUCACGUAGCAGUUUAAAAACUUAAAAUGUUUUGGGUGCAAAACUGCUAAAUAGUAUUUUAGUGGGGUGCACUUCGUUUAUGAGAGUCAAAUAGAAGCGUCUAAAAGUGUGCUUACAGCGCAAUUGUCAAAAUUCUAAUUUUCUGGGUGCUAAUCUGCUAAAUAGUACAUUUUGGGCGUGCUCUUCAUAUCUGAGAGUCAAAUAGAAGCAUCAAAUAGUGCGCUUACUGCGCAGUGGUAAAUAUUCUAAUUUUUCGGGUGCUAAUCUGCUAAAUAGUACAUUUUGCGGCCUGCACUUCAUAUCUGAGUCAAAUAGAAGUGUCAAAUACUGUGGUUACAGUGCAAUUGUAAACAUUCUAUUUGUUUUGCUGCUAAAUAGUACAUUUUUGGGCGUAAUCUUCAUUUCUGAGAGUCAAAUAGAAGCGUCAAAUAGUGCGCUUACUGUGCAGUUGUAAAAAUUCAAAUUUUCUGGGUGCUAAUCUGCUAAAUAGUACAUUUUGUGGCCUGCUCUUCAUAUCUGAGAGUCAAAUAGAAGCAUCUAAUAGUGUGCUUACAGCGCAGUGGUUAAUAUUCUAAUUGUUUUGCUGCUAAUCUGCUAAAUAGUACAUUUUGCGGCCUGCGGUGCACUUCAUAUCUGAGAGUCAAAUAGUGCGCUUACUGCGCAGUUGUAAACAUUCUAAUUGUUUUGCUGCUAAUCUGCUGCUUACAUUGGAGUUUUAAAAAGUCAAUUAAAAAAAAAAAAAAAAAGGUGCUAAAUAGUAUAUUUGGGGUGUUCCCUUCAUAUCUGAGAGUCAAAUCAAAACUUUGAUUCGAAUUUACUACAUCGGUCACUUGUAAUAUUGUUUCACACCUACAACACUUGUUACACAGAUCUAAGUGAUAGAAAACAUUGAUAUUUUCUACACUAGAAACUACCAGAUAACAAGCUGCUAUAUUUAAACCAGUUAUAAAUAGCUACAAUAUUGUAAUUCUGGGGCAAUACCCUCACAAGUCAAACUGAGAGGUCAGUUUAUAGGGAAAACUGUUGCCUGGAUACAAUUCUAAAGCAAUUUCCAUAUGUUCUUUGCAGACUUUACAUGCUGGAAAAACACAGAUGCCAACUGCUGUGGCUUUCUGCAGUGUGCAUACCGGCAAGGAGGGCAGGGUUGAGGAGUGAGUGGAAGAUGAUGUGGAGGAUGAUGAGGUCCUAGACCCCACAUUGAAUCAAGGUCAUGCGAGUGACGUGUGCAGUUUGGAGGAAGAGGCGCUGGUCGCACAGAGGCACCAGCACAGCAUAAGAGGGAGCAGGGUGCAAAAGCGAAGCGGCCAUCCCCUAGCGCUCGUCGGCAUGUUUUAGCUCGAGAAUCACCAGUUAUCCAAGUAAUACAUGUAGCGAACAAAGGAUCCAUAAUAGAGUUGAGCGAACCCGAACUACAAAGUUCGGGUUCGUACCAGAUUUAACGAUCCAUUCACAGAUUUAACGAUUAUUCAUAGUUUCACAGUCAGAUGGGCAGUCCUGUGACCAGGACCCAUACACUGUCUGGGCAGCGGUCGGACGACCAGGACCCAGUAUGCCUGAUGUUGAAGUUAGGAGUCACAGUGUGGAAUGGAUUAGCAGGGUCUGGUGCAGGGUAACCGCACGCCCCCUGGUGUUGAGCACCAGCGUUUGUGCGGCCACAUACCAGGACCCUGAUGCAGCUUCAGUAAAAAGAGUACUGGAUACCAGAAGCCAUCACCAGACUGAUCCGCAACUUGGAACAGGAUGUGACAUUCACUGUAGCGGCUGUGCACGCUUUUGGCGUUCUCACCCUGUUGCUGCUCACCUGUCUGCGCUGCAGCGUAACUUCGGCCUUCCCGCUCACCGCCUCAUGAGACUGUGCGAGCAGCAGCAGGCGAUAGUGGAGUUUCAGCUGCAGCACGCACGGGUCAGUGGCUCUGCACCAGACUUCCCUCCAGUUGAUCAGAGUUAAAGGAUUACAAGUGGACUCAUAACAAUACAGGACUCUUUAGAGGCCCUGUAAUUGUAAUUUGUCGUUGCUACCUUCCCAUGUCGUGAGUGGGUCAUUUGCGCGCCUUCUGCCUUCCUUGCAUGUGGUAGCCGUUUCUCAGGGUCCCUGUAUGGAAUGGAACCCUGAUUCCCCGUUACCUGUGGUCACCAUGGUAGGCGCAGUUGAUAUGGAUGACAUCCGAAUGCAAAGUCGACGUCACAGGUAUGUGCGAUUGGCCCGAGGUUCUCUAGAGUCAACAAAGUGCCUGCUCAACUAUAAUGUCAACAGCUACUCUGCGGAACAGAGUUGUCUUUUUUUAUAUGUCCCAAUAUUUUGGGGGCUACCCCAAUUAAAAAAAAUAUAUAUAUAUAAAAAACGGUGUUGGCUACCUCAUCCUCCUCCUCCACCGCUGCUUCCACCUACACCGCCACGGUCACCGCCUCCUCAACCUAUGGGUCACUUAGUAUAAACUAUGUACACAUUAGCAGAGGCUUGUGAAGGCCUUUUAUCCAUGCAUCAGGAGUUGAGCAUUUCUCCAUGCAUCAGGACUGCAAGAAAUGCACCGCAGGCUGCAAAUGUUUCUUUUUUUUUUUGUAUGUCCCAAUAUUUUGUGGGCUACCACAAUUUUAAAAAAAAACAGUGUUGGCUACCUCAUCCUCCUCCUCCACCGCUGCUUCCACCUACACUGCCAUGGUCACCGCCUCCUCAACCUAUGGGUCACUUAGUAAAAAACUAUGUACACAUUAGCAGAGGCUUGCUCUCCAUGCAUCAGGAGUUGAGCAUUUCUCCAUGCAUCAGGACUGCAAGCAAUGCACCACAGGCCGCAAAUGUUUCUUUUUUUGUAUGUCCCAAUAUUUUAAGGGCUACCACAAUUAAAAAAUAAAUAAAUAAAUAAACAUUUAAAAACAGUGUUGGCUACCUCAUCCUCUUCCUCCACCGCCACAGUCACCGCCUCCUCAACCUAUGGGUCACUUAGUAUAAACUAUGUUAUGCUUGUGAAGGCCUUUUAUGCUUGUGAAGGCCUUGCAUCAGGACUGCAAGCAAUGCACCACAGGCCGCAAAUGUUUCUUUUUUUGUAUGUCCCAAUAUUUUGUGGGAUACCACAAUAAAAAAAAAAAAAUUUUUACAAACAGUGUUGGUCACCUCAUCCUCCUCCUCCACCACCACGGUCACCGCCUCCUCAACCUAUGGGUCACUUAGUAUAAACUAGGUACACAUUAGCAGAGGCUUGUGAUGGCCUUUUCUCCAUGCAUCAGGAGUUGAGCUCAGUUUGAACAAUGAAAGAGAAUACCCUGCACUCCAACCCUCUCUCAAAUGGAUAAUUCUGGUGAUCCUCCUGACAGCCAUGCUUUAGAUUUUGAUAUAUGUUCUUCCAAAGCUAAAAUCAAAGAUUCCAUCUAGUGCUAUUUUAUGGCUCAGCUGUAUUUUUUAUUUUUAUGUUAUUUUAAGUGAUUUCCCUAUCCACAUUUGUUUGCAGGGCACUUGUCCUACUCUUAGCCCCAUUUUACUUCCUUUUGUAGCUCUCUAGCCCUUUCCAGGAGUUUUUUAGAGACAUUUUUGUGGCCAAAAGUUUGGGUCCCCAUUGACUUCAAUGGGGUUCAGGUUCGGGGUCAAGUUCGAGCUCAAACCCAGACUUUUUUUCAAAGUUCAGCAGAACCCGCCGGACUCGAACAUCCAGGUGUCCGUUCAACUCUAGUUAUGGUGCUUGGAGUGUUCUUUGAAUGCACUAUCAUUGAAGCACCGUCACACUGCACUUGAUGCUAAAAUUGUAUUAACAAAGGCUUGUGUAGGAAGGAGGACAGAUCUCUUUCAACCACAAAACCCCAUCUAUUUGAAUGGCAGUAGCUGUGAGAAACACACUAUAAUCUGAGAGGGCAGGGACGAUGACGACUUCAGCUAGACUUCUGUUGUAUGUGUUAUGGAGAUGGAAUGAUAGGGGAACAUGACAUGAUACUGGGAGUAAGAAACAUGAUAAAAGGGGGGAAAGCUCUGUCUAUGACCCCCCACCCCAAAUUGAACUCUACCCCCUCCAAUCUCACGCGCCAGCACUGACUUUUCCUCCAAGAUCCGUCUUCCAGACAUAGAUCAAUCUUGUUUAAACUGACCGAUCACAUAUCUGAAAAUUACAUUUUGGGAUAAAAUCUAUAACUUAUGUUUGCAUUUCAUAUUCUGUUUUGUUUACCUGUAUAUUAAAUAUUUUACAAAUGGUAGAAGAAUUCAGUUAAGGCCAGGCACAACUGUGACACACAGCUAUAAAUAGUAAUUUGUCUCAUUUCUCCUCAUUUGCAAAGUGUUUACAAAUUGGCAGCUAAAUUAUAUUUAUUAAAGACCGUUUUCUUUAUACUAAAUUCAGUUAGUUUUCUCAGAAAUUUCCAUUUCAUAAGAACGCCAAUUUUAUUUGUCAGAUAAAAUGUGGAAAUAUUCAUAAACCCGUUGCAUCAGUAAAUGGUGCGUAUUCCAAAAUGAGCGCACUCAAAGAAAAUAUACAAUAGAUUUGGAGGGUUAUUUACUGAACUGAGAAUUUAAAGAUAAUUCAUACAUUCAAGGCCACCUUUAAUCUGGUCGGAAAUGGGGCUGUAAGAAGGAAUAUUAUGACUGGCAUCCUUAAGAACACCGCGCUGGCUUGGGGCUGCAGCACACGUAGAUCAGGCUGCGACCCGCCGCAAUGUGGGUAAGUAACCUGUACUAUUAAUAGCGUGACUGCAUCGAUCAAGUGUGGUCACGUGAUUUCCCUUACCGGGUGCCUGUGACAACUUCCAACAAAGUCGCUAAAGCGGGUAGCAUGUAAAUUCAUAGUAAUAAUAAUAAUAAUGAAGGUACUCACAGCUCCAGCGUCCGAAACGUAGGUCACUCCCAGUGUGCAAACAAAAAAAUACGGAUGUCCUCAAAGUAUAUAAAAAUACAGAACUCUUUAUUCGACCCCAGACUGUUACAUAAACACAUAAAUAUAAACUCACAAAAUGUAAUGAAGUACCCCUGUGAUGUAGAGAAAAAAAAAGGAUCUGCAAAUAUAUCACAAGUCAAUGAACUGUCUUGAGAAAUGUAUACAAAAUGUUUUGAACCUUACAAUGGCGUCCCUUUUUUACAUUUUUUUUUUUUUAAAAUGUUAUUUUUUUUUUAAGCAUUUGUGCUAUAUAUUUUUGCACAUCUAAUGUGUGCUACGGUUGUAUAAUAACCUAAAUUGCACUCCGCUACAUAUUCCGCCAAUCUCGGUUUUCUACGAACUUUGAAUAUUGAGAGUUGGUCUAUAUUUUCAUCUUAGCUGCUCAAAGCCCAAAUCACUCGUGUGGGCAUAUUAUUUGCAAAAAUAGAUAAUCCAGUGUAUUUUGAAAUUCAUUUGUGACCAACUUACCCUGGAAGUUGUAUUUUUCUAACUACUGAAGAUUAGCAAACCUGCCAAAAGUGUUUUCCUUUACUUAUUUAGAUUUUUAAAUACAGCAUGUGUAGGGUUGCUGUAUAUUUGGGUAAUUAUUGGGCCAAUAUAGUAAUGGGAGUGCUGCUUGCCAUGCAGGUCUCUAACUCUUCCAAGCAAUUAAAAAAUGGAACAUGAAAACUUACCAUAAGUAUAUAUUACUGAAAGGAAGACAACCCAGACACAUCUAGACACCCAUUUGGACAUUUGUUUUAUGGCCAAUCUUUGCCAAUAAAGUUGAAGAUAAGUCUUGUAUGUUUUGCCAUAAAAUACCCUUUAGCUUCAUUUUUAGAAUGGUCAAGGCUUGGAGCACUCGCAUAGUAAACACAGCUAGUUUAUUUUACGCAGAGCACAAGUUUCCAAUUGACAGAAGUGUACAGUAUUAUUAUAUAUUAAGUCCAUGUUUCUUGUGAUUAUAUCCAAUAGUUGUGAUUAAAAUGUCUCUGCAGGAGGCGGGGCCGGACCGUCGAGCUGAAAGGAAGCCAUGUCAUGCAGCGCCGGUCCUGAGCCCGAAUAAACAUUGAUUUCCCGCUCACAAACAGACCAUCUGCCCCUCAAAUUAAUGCAUUUUAAUGGGGGAAUAAAUAAGCAUUACUGGGGGGACAAGUUGUUGGCUGAGGACCCCACAAAUAUGAGGACUCUGAAGCCUCAGCCUAUUUAAUGGCACGAGCCUGCGGCCUAUUGCUGAAGCUGGAGACACUCUGCUCGUGCUCUGUGAAUCAUCAUGAUUUGAAGGUGCCUGUCUUUCUCAAUUUGCGAGGGCAACCGGUGAGAUCACGCUGCGGCCCCGCUUCCCCCGGUCACUUGUUUUCCUGUUUUAAAAUAAAAGUCUCAACAUGCAAGUUAAUAGUUCUCAGCCUUCAUUUGCUUUACUUUGGUUAUAACUUCGACCCUUUGUACCCAGCCAUGGAAUAGGAGGCAGCGCUAACACUACAGAAGCACCAUUCCUGCUUUGCCAGGGAACAGAGGAGAAGGCUCUCAACAUACUUACCCAGGGGAAUGCCCACGCAUUGCUCGGGUGCCUAGGAGGGACUGCCGACAAGCAAUGGCAACAUGUGAACCAGGCUGUCUCAGGUCGGAUAGCAGUGGCCUCUAACUCUAGAUGAUCCGGAGGCCUGGAGGAAGUUGCUCCCUGUUGUUGUGAGCCCCGGCGGGCUGGACUAUGGGGGCCUGUGGCCCAUGCUUUGGAGGAAUGGCCGGUGAUAGAGGGGACACAUGGAGGCGCCAUGUCUGACUUACCGGGACUCUGAUGGGACAGUGGAGGUGCAGAGGCCAUCCGGUUGGUGGACUCUACGGGAGGGAGGUCUCAUAGACUGGAGGGUCCCUCGAGUGCCCGCUGUGCCGAGGAGCCCAUGGUGGGGGGCUUUACCUGGUAUCGGGUGACAGUGGAGAGGUCGGCACCAUUGGUGGUGCCCAGGUAUGACCCCACAGAGGCUUUACACUACUCCUCUAUCUUACCUGGGAACAGGGGUGUGGGGAGAGGCACGAGAUACAUACUUAUGCAGAGGUGGUUUCACUUAUAGCAGUCAGCUAUCACCCCGUAAACAAUCCCCUACUUGCUUAAGUAAUACUUAAACGUAUAUCUUUUAAUUGAUUAAUUUCCCUUUUUUGGCACCUUUUUACACUUUUAAAUUUUUUUUAUUUUUAUUAAAUAUAUAACCUGGCCGUACGUGCUUGGACCAAGGUCCCUGGAGUCCAUGAGAGGACUUGGCUUCACGUUGGGCCCUAUCCCACACGCUCCUCCUUAUUCUUGGGGGCACCCCUCUUUCCUUUUUACCUUUUUUAAAUUUUAUCGCAUCAAAUCCUUUCCGAUCCCUUACGGGAGAAAUACAUGCUACAGUCCUGACACACACGCUAAGCUGUAGAUCCACGACUUCAGCAGCGCCAUAGGGUAGCUUAUAUAGCCUAUUUAAUGUCACCGCUUCUGUCACAUGAUAAACUACCAGCAACCACCUGUGCACAGGUGCUAACUAACAUGCGAGCUGCCCAUGCACUCUACCCCUUUUCUUGCGUAUUUAGGCUCAGUGCUCACAACUGCCAAUCUGUCUAGACACUGGGUGAUCUAGUAUAUUGAUUUAGUUCAGUAUUUUACCUUUUUAUUGGUUCGUUUACGCAUGGCAAAAUUGAGGCAUCGUUAUUUUUCAUUUCGGUAACUACACCCAUGCAUUUGCGAAUAUUGCUGUGUGCCAUGAUAUACUGCAAUAUGUUUGCAUUUCUAAAUGCACAUGCACGCAAAUCGAUGUGAUCUUAGUAUUUCACUUUUAUUGGCUCGAUUGCGCAUAACAAAACUGAGGCAAGGUUAUUUUUAGGUUCUGUAAUUACGCCUAGGCAUUCGCGACCAUCCACAAUACAUUGUACUGCAAUAUUAUUGUAUGCCAUUAUAUACUGCAAUAUGUUCACCUUUUUAACUGCAAAUGUACGCAAAUUGAGGUGAAUAAAAGCACUUCGGCCCAUCUAGUCUGCCCAAUUUUCAAAAUACUUUCAUUAGGCCCUGGACUUAUUUUAUAGCUCGGAUAGCCUUAUGCCUAUCCCAUGCAUGCUUAAACUCCAUCUGUUAUGAGGCUAUAAUGUUUAUAUAGACAUGCUGAACUGUCCCCAUGUAGAGCGGCCACAAUCCAAGUGGACACAAAGGGACAUGUCUCAGGGAGAAAUCAAUGGGGGGGGAAUCAACGGGGGAGAGGAGGGAGACGAGAAAAAUACAAUCAACAGCCGGAUGUAUCAUAUAAAAAUAUUUUUUUAUAAAUAAAGACUUUGCAUAAAAUCCUUAUUGAGUCCCUUGGGCCAUAAGGUGUCCAAAGUAUGAAUCGAUUAGGCCUUCUUCUUUUAUAACGUCUGCCGGUCACCACCGCUCCUAAAAGGUGGUGCAAGGUCAAUGACCUGAAAAUGCAAUUGUGACAUACUAUGGUUACGAUCAGAGAAGUGGGGAGGUACCCGAAGUUCGAUGUGUCUAAAUAGUGGACUUCUGUUUAUUCAGUCUCACUAGAAUUUUUAUUGUGGUCUUCUCAACACAGAGGAGGCUGCAAGGACAUUUCACAACAUGAACAAAAUAAGUGGACUCAUAAGUUAAAAACUCUUAGCCUUACAUGAAUUGCAGUUAUAGCAUGGAAAAGUGCCAUAAACUGAAGUGGAUAAGAUAACUCCCUAAUUCCCACAGUUUCAGGUAGCUAUCUUUCAAAGACCUAAAUUGGUCUUUCAGCCAACUUUAUUAAUACUAAGUAAAGAUUACUUAGUAUUAGUAAUUCUGACCCUACUUGCUAUACCGCGAGUAGGGGCAUGUCUGGUAAACAGUGAGCAACAAAAACAAAAAAAACCCUAGUAUUCCCCCUCCCAUGCCCCCACCCGUGUCGUGUGAGCAGGGCCGCCACCAGAAAUUUUGGAGCCCCUAACUCAGCUCAGGGUCUGGGCCCCUGGGGGCCCGCUCCAAGCCCGCCCACAGGAUCCACCUCCAAAUCCCGCCCACAGGAAUACACACACAGACACACAGGCAUACAUAGUGACAGACAGACACAUCCUAACAUACACACAGACACAUACAUACAUACUGACAUACAUACACACAUACAUUCAUACUGACAUACAUUGACACUGGCAUACGAACAGACAUACAUUCAUCAAUACUGACAUACACACAUACAUACAUUCAUAAUGACAUACACACAUACAUAUACAGACACUGACAUCCAUACACAGACAUACAUUCAUACUGACAUACAUUGACACUGGCAUACUGACAGACAUACAUUCAUACAGACAAACAUACAUGCACACUGACAGACAUGCAUGCAUAUACUGACAUCCAUACACACAUACAUACAUACAUACAUACAUACAUUCAUAAUGACAUGCAGACAUACAUAUAUACAGACAUACAUUCAUCCAUACUGACAUAUACACAUACAUACAUUCAUAAUGACAUACAGACAUACACGCAUACAUAUACAGACACUGACAUCCAUACACAGACAUACAUUGAUACUGACAUACAUUGAUACUGGCAUACAUACAUAUAUACAUUCAUACAUACUGACAUCCAUACAUACAUUCAUAAUGACAUGCAGACAUACAUACUGACAGACAUACAUUCAUACUGACAGACAUACAUGCAUUCAUACAGACAUCCAUACACACAUACAUACAUACUGACAGACAUACAUGCCUGCAUACAGACAUACAUACACUGACAUCCAUACACACAUAUAUACAUGCUGACAGACAUACAUACAUACUGACAGACAUACAUGCAUGCAUACAGACAUACAUACACUGACAUCCAUACACACAUAUAUACAUACUGACAGACAUACAUGCAUGCAUACACACACACAGAGCUCAUUUUUCAGCCACCCUCCUGUUCUUACCUUUUCUUUGCAGGAGGGUGGCUGGGGCUGAUAGGAGUCGGCACGGCUCUCCCUCUUCGAGGCCUCUUCGUGCUUUAGGGUGCACACCCUUAUACAAUAGGCUGCACACGCCUAUGGUUAGGACGCAAUCCUGUUUUGUCUAAAAUGACAGGACCAGUGGCGUACCUACCACGGGCGCAGCUGCGACCGGCCCCUCACUGCAGGAGGCCUGGCCGCAGCCACAAUCCCUGCAACCGUGGGCCGCCUAGAUGCAGCCCCCUCCGUGUUCCCCCUGUCAUAGGGGGGCCCAAGAGGUGGCCCACUGGCCACCUAAUGGACCCCCCCAGGCGGCGGUUGAGUUCCUGUCAGACGCGGCGAGGGAGCUGUGUUUGCUGAUUCUGGGAGCCGGAAUAUGACGUCAUAUUCUGGCUUCCGGCAUCAUUAGACAGCCCGCAAGGGAGAAGAGCAGAGAGAAUUCUGCUCCCUCACCGCGUCUGACAGGAACUCUGCCGCACUAAAGCCCCACUGGACUCCAGGGGCAAAUCCACGCCAGCUCUCCAGGUAGGGAGGCUGGGUGGACAUUUAGUAUUAAUAAUUUGUGUGUCUGUAAGUGUAUGUCUAUGUCUGAAUGUAUAUGUGUGUGUGUCUGUAAGUGUAUGUGUGUAUGUCUAUGUCUGAAUGUAUAUGUAUGUGUGUAUGUCUAUGUCUGAAUGUAUAUGUGUGUGUGUCUGUAAGUGUAUGUAUGUGUCUGUGUGUGUGUGUCUGUGUGUACGUGUGUAUAUGUCUCAGUGUGUGUAUAUGAGUGUAUGAGUGUGUGUCUCUACAUGUGUGUGUAUGUAUGUAUGGGUAUCUGUGUGUAUGUGUUUGUGUGUCUGUAUGUAUGUGUCUGCGUGUGUAUCUGUUUGUCUGCAUAUGUUGGGGGGGGGGCGGGGGCGUGUGGGGUAGGAGGUAGAUGUAUGGGGGGGCCCCAGGGCAAUUUUCACCCCAGGGUUUCUAGUUACGCCUCUGGACAGGACAUUCAAGAGAAUACGGAAAGGAAGCAUUGCUAGGUGAGAAUUGUGGGAAAAUUGUGGGACAGGUGAGAAUUCUGGGAAAAUUGCUCUGACCACAGGAAAUGAAGCACACUUUUCUUCUCCGUUGGUCAUAGCUGGUCAGGCGUAGGAAACCUCCAUAAGACAAAGUAGUCCCUACUUUGUCUUGUGAUUUUAAAGAAAACUAGAGCAAACAGAAGGAAUAAAAAACAGAUCCUGACAGAGGAAGAGAAGAGAAAUUGAUUAGGGAAAGGUAAGUUCGGCAUGACCAUGCCGCUUAAAAUCAACUUACACCAUCCGGUGUAACAUUGCCCAAUGGAUUCGCAGUGUCGGUUCAUACAAGGCACCUUCUGAUGACCUAGAUGGCCGGCCUUUAGAGCGGAACUUGGGUGCAGACAAUUUUGUUGUGUUUGAGAAAUCCAUGUAGUCACUAGAAAAAAACAUGAUAAAGUUAGAUAAGAGCUAAUGAUUGACCUGUGCUGACACUGAUGUCAAUAUGCAAUGGGUGGGAGGGGGCCUCCUGGAAAACAUUUUAAUUCAUGGAAAUUUACUUUCUCCUUGCCAACAUCCCUCAUUAUUCGAUUAAAUUUACCUUUUAAAUUACAUUUUAUAAAAUACUGCUAAAUUCCACACACACACUAGGUAAUGAGUGCAACUGCUCCUGGCAGCGGGGGGGGGCUAAUAACAUUUUUUUUUUAAUGUAACAAGGUUUGUAGGCUAUGGCAAAACCCCAUAGAUCCAAAUGAGACUGUCCUGAUUAGGGAAGUUUUUCAGGGUUAGAGAGAGAUCUGCCCCAAAGCUGCAGGCAUGGUCUCUCAAUUCUAUUUUCAUUUUUUUUUUAUGCUAAUUUUUUUGGCAUAUUUUUUAAUGCUUAAAAAAAAAUGGUGUGCAGUUUUUGAGUAUGGUGUCCCUUUAACAUGUUAAUGAAGCUAAUUGUAUUCUGUAUCUGCUGUCCAAGGUAGUGUUACAUCAUUGUUUAUGUACACACAGUGAUUUUUUUUAAAUUGCCAGAUAAUGAGGGAAUAUCAUAGGAAAAGUAACGUAAACCCCCGCUCUUGUGCUAUUUAAAAGUAAUCUGUAUUGUUUGUGAUAGUUGCAAUUCCUUUCUCUCAAAGUGUUUAUUGGAAGCAAGUAUAAUACACACUUUCCUCUGCAGCAGUGGUGGUGGUCAGGUAAGGUGUGUGGGCAUUCAUUCGAUGGAGUUUAGUAUUUACAUUGACCUUCAUGAGGCUGAAUGCACAGAAUCAGUGCAGUCACAAUGCUUUGAAUUGUACAUGAAGUUCUGUGUCUGUGGUAACACAAGAUCUAGCUACCAUGGAUCACAGACCUGUUUCUUUGAGCUCUGUGUUCCAGUGCGGAAUGGCACAAGAGAACAAACAGACCAGUUAGUAGACUUCAAAGACUAAUGUAAGAGAUCAAUAAUGAAUAGAUCAUAGCAGGAUUAGGUGUUUGCUAAAAUAUGAGUUGUGUUGAGGUAGCACCAUAAUUAAAGGUAAGUUUUGUUUUUUUUGUACUUGAACGCAGGUCAUUUAUAAAAAGUGUUUUCACAAAAUUAUUUUCCUAAGUCCAUAAAAUCCUAUCUCUUCUGCAGGUUCCACAGCUCAGCUAAUCCACCUCUUUUGUAAUGCACUAACUUCUUUAUCCAUGCAGGUAGGCUGCUUUGAGCUAGAUGGGAAUUAACAGAACUCUCCUAAGAUUUCAAAAUUAAACCCUUUUUUCCAGGAAGUGUGUACAGCAGCUGUGUUAGUCACAGCCAGGAAAGGUGUGGUUAGGAAUGCAGAAAUAAAGGGGUUUAUCUUCUUAAAUGGCAGAGAAUUGAGCAGUGAGUCUGCAGGGGUAUGCACAUUAAGGAAAAUGUGUUAAGGGGUUUAUACUGUCCAUUUAAUUAAAAUUGUAGUCAUUUUCCAACUUUACAAUUUUGGUCUAAGUUUCAUCACCUCACUUUUUAACCAUUUAAAAAAAAAAAAAAACCAUUAAAAAAAAAAAAACCAUUAAAAAAAAAACAAAAAAAAACUUGGUACCUCUAACUUUGUACAGUGAUGAUGAUUAUUAUUAAUAUACAUUUUCCAGACUUUUCUCUGUUCCUGCUCAUGUCCUUGUACAAUGAAAUCUAUUGUAUGUGGUGCAAUUUUAGUCAUGGGUUUUAAAGAAGUAUAUUAUAGAAAUGUAAAAAAAACUUCAGAGUCCGGUUACAAAAUGAGUAUAAUGGAUAAGGUACUUAAUUAUGAAGAAAAACUAGCGCGCUUGAUUCUGUUUACUUUAGAAAAGAGGAGAUAUAACAACAAUGUGCAUAUUUAAACAUGGCCACUCCGAGUACAAACCACUCCAAGGUGACCUGAUCCUUAUCAGUACUGUACAGAGGUCAAAAAGCUAUCCAUUGGUAUUUAGUAAAUUAGAUUUUGUUUUUGACAGUGGAAAUCAUCGGUUUCAGUUAAAAAAGAAAAUAAUUCUAAAAAUAAAAAUGCGAAAUUCUGUGUAUUUGAUUAUUUUGUCAGAUUUUGAACAGAUUUUCCAAAAAUUAUCCAUACCUUUAAAAACAAACAAACAAACAAAAAAUAUAUAUAUAAUGAUUACUUUAUUACACAAUUUUAUUUCUCUGAACAAGCUACUCAGUGACAUUGGUUCCUGCCAAGACUUAAUGUGCAGGACAGGCUGCAAACAAACGAGAAAAGGUGAACUUGAGCAAUGACCGGUAUUACAAAGAAAUGAACUUUGACAAUGAUCAGGGUUACACGGGACAUAAAAGAAUAGUUUGAAUCAUUUUAGAUUGGUUUGCUCAAUAUAUCGAUUUUUACCACUUUAUGUACUGACUGACUUAGAUUGUCAUGCUUUCCCAUAAGCAUUUCAAGGUGGUGUGCGUCCAAUUUUUUAAAAGUGUUAUUGUGGCAAAAGCCACUUCGCCACUGUCGUACAUUGGAGGGGACUACUUGCCAGCCUUUUACCCUGUGACUAUGGCCCCUGUGAUAAAGCUUGGUUUAAAUCACUGUUUGUGCCUUUUUGGAUUUUUAUGGCCGCCAUCUUGUUCGCCUGGACCAAAACCGCAAAUAGACUUCAGGGGUAGUUAGCCUCAGGGCCGGACUGGGAGAAAAAUUCGGCCCGGGCAUUUUUUUAACACAGCGGCCCACUAAAAAGGGGGCGGGGCAUAGGAGGUGUGUUUUGUCAUCACCAAUGACAAACACGCCUCCUCUCAAAGUGAGCAUGUUGGUUCAAUGCUCUUCCAGGGCAGACCAUGCGCAGAGCUCUGCUGAGAAAGCAUGAGAAAAAAGUCUCUCUAGCAUGAGAAAAAAGUCCUGUAUUUGUUCUGCACAUGCUUGCACUGUCUUUCCUUGCAACUUGUCUCUGGUGUCUCUAUAAAUGGAUACCAGGAGACAAAAGGCCAGGAAAGAGUAUUGUGCAUGUGUUUGGAGCCUGCUUGUGGUAUUGCGUGUGUAGAGUGAGCUGGUCGUGGUGUGGUAUUGUGUAAUAAGGUCGGUUUUAGUUGUGUUGUGUUUGUGGUGUAAUGUGAUGCAUAUGUGGCUCAGGGACCCCCUCCCGCCCGGCUCUGGAAAGGGGUUAAAACUUACCUUUUUCCAGCGCCGGGCGGGGAGCUCUCCUCCUCCGAUCCGCCCCGUCGGCUGAAUGCGCACGCGCAGCAAGAGCUGCGCUCGCAUUCAGCCGGUCGCAUAGGAAAGCAUUUAUAAAAUGCUUUCCUAUGGACGCUUGCGUGCAAAGCACGCAAGCGCCUCUAGCGGCGGUCAAUGAGACAGCUGCUAGAGGCUUUGGGGGAAGGCUUAACCCAUUGAUAAACAUAGCAGUUUUUCUGAAACUGCUAUGUUUAUAAAACAAUGGGUUAACCCUAGAAGGACCUGGCACCAAGACCACUUCAUUAAGCUGAAGUGUUCUGGGUGGCUAGAGUGGUCCUUUAAGAGUGUUGUGUGUGUGUGUGUGUGUGUGUGUGUAUAUAUAUAUACACACACACACACACACACAUAUAUAUAUAUUUGGAAGUAUUGUGUAUGUGUGUGGUGCAGUGUGUUGGGGGGGUUCUGUGUGUAUGUGAGGGGUGCAGUAUGUGUGCGUGUGAGGGUGCGGUGUGAGUAAUGGGUGUGAGAGUGCCGUGUGAGAGUGCCCUGUGUGAGAUGGGUGUGAGAGUGCUGUGUGUGAGAGUGCUCUGUGAGUGUGAUGGGUGUGAGAGUGCUGUGUGAGAGAAUGCUGUGUGUGUGUGAGAGUGCUCUGUGAGAGUGCUGUGAGAGAGUGCUGUGUGUGAUGGGUGUGAGAGUGCUGUGUGAGAGAGUGCUGUGUGUGUGUGAGAGUGCUCUGUGAGAGAGUGCUGUGUGUGUGAAAGUGGUGUGAGUGUGAUGGGUGUGAGAGUGCUCUGUGAGAGAGUGCUCUGUGAGAGAGUGCUGUGUGUGAAAGUGCUGUGUGAGAGAGUGCUGUGUGUGUGUGAGAGUGCUCUGUGAGAGAGUGCUGUGUGUGAAAGUGCUGUGUGAGAGAGUGCUGUGAGUGUGAUGGGUGUGAGAGUGCUGUGUGUGAUGGGUGUGAGAGUGCUGUAUAAAUGUUAUUGUGUGUGUGUGUAGGGGGGGGUAAAUAAAAAAUAAAAAAAAACAGGCAUUAUGUCCCCCCCUUCCUUCUUACCUUUAGCCUGGGAGGGGGGGGACCGGCACGCUGGCAGGCGGGGUGGCGGUGUUCCCUGGUGGUCCUCGUGGGUGAGUGAACUCUAGCCUGUGAGGCUAGAGUUCACUCUCGCGAGAUCCGGUUGUUGCCAUGGCAACGCGCCAGAUCUCGCGAGAGGAACCCGGCGGAGCUGCAAGUUAGAGCUCCGCCGGGUCCUCUCUCCAGCCUGGCUCCCUCUCUGCCCGCCGGCGGCCGCAUGUGGGCCGGUCAGGGAGAUCCUUGAUCUCCCCACCGGCCCGUCGUGGCAAACAGCGGGGCCGGCGCUGGGAGAGUGCCGGCCCUGCAUAGACCGGCAGGGGAGAUCCUGGGACCUCCCCUGCCGGCCUCGGCCCCACGGCCACCGCGGCCCACCGGGCAUUUGCCCGGUGUGCCCGAUGGCCAGUCCGGGCCUGGUUAGCCUUGAAUGCCCUGGAACUAUUUUCAUCAUGAAAACCUUGUGGUUCCCGGUCGGUCCUCCAGCGGCACUUAGCCGCGAUUCUAUGGAACUGUUUUGGGCAUGGGACCAUGCCUGCGCCUGGGCAAAACUAUGACUUCCAUAAAAUUUCUGAAUCCCCUAUCUGAUAUGGGUGAUUUAUAGAUAUGUUGUUCACCUAGAUCUGGGCUAUCAGGGGAUGUGACAUUUAUGGGGAUAUGUUGUGUAUUGGAGACUUUGUAAAAAUGGGUGUUUUGGGAGUGUCGUACAUUUAAUUACUGUUUUUAUUGGUUUGUUAACUUGUGUCCCUGUGCCCAACAAGGUCCACAGGGGUGUCACCCUUGUUGGGAAACUUGCAUAAAAGGCCAGUGUGGCUCCAUUAAAAAUUGAGUUCCUGCUUAACCCUCAACACGUAACUUGGUCUCGUGUUUGGAGGGUAACUGCUAUAUUCACACUGGGGAUUGCUAUACUCCUUAUACUCCCCUGGGUAUUAAUCACUAGCUCUUGUAAGAGCUGUUCCUGCUACGCUCUCUGGAGUAGGAGAGGUCUUGCCCACACGGUCCUGGAUGUCAGAGGUUGGUCCAAGGUGGGAGGAAAACAGCAAGAUCCCAGCUAAGCUACGGCGGUUGUGGAGUCUGCAGUGCUUGUGGUGUCCGGUGUGGUGCUUAUGGUCCUCAGCGUUAGCUAGGAAGCAUCUGUUGGCAGAGGUGCACAGUCGGUGUGCCAGGUGAUCCGUCACCGUUAUUUAAAAAGUUUUUUAAAAUUUCUAAGCAAACAUAAAAAUAUAUUAAUUCUAAAAUUAUACACUGUCCAGUACUUGAACUUACAAAAUACAUUAAUAUUAUUAUUAUAUUUAUAUAGCAACGAAUUCCGUAGCGCUUUACAGUGGGUGGACUAACAAACACGUAGUUGUAACCAGACAAGUUGGACGCACAGGAACAGAGGGAUUGAGGGCCCUGCUCAAUGAGUUUACAUGCUAGUGGGAGUGGGAUACAGUGACACAGUAACAGGGGGAUUGAGGGCCCUGCUCAGUGAGUUUACAUGUUAGAGGGAGUGGGGUAUAGUGACACCGUAACAGAGGGAUUGAGGGCCCUGCUCAGUGAGAGGCUUACAUGUUAGAGGGAGUGGGGUAUAGUGACACAGUAACAGAGGGAUUGAGGGCCUGCUCAGUGAGUUUACAUGUUAGAGGGAGUGGGGUAUAGUGACACAGUAUUAACAGAGGAUUGAGGGGCACUGCUCAGUGAGGUUACAUGUUACAAGGAGUGGGGUAUAGUGAUGACAGUAACAGAGGGAUUGAGGGCCCUGCUCAGUGAGUUUACAUGUUAGAGGGAGUGGGGUAUAGUGACACAGUAACAGAGGGAUUGAGGGCCCUGCUCAGUGAGUUUACAUGUUAGAGGGGGGGGGGUAUAGUGACACAGUAACAGAGGGAUUGAGGGCCUGCUCAGUGAGUUUACAUGUUAGAGGGAGUGGGGUAUAGUGACACAGUAACAGUGGGAUUGAGGGCCUUGCUCAGUGAGUUUACAUGUUAGAGGGAGUGGGGUAUAGUGACACAGUAACAGAGGGAUUGGGGGCCCUGCUCAGUGAGUUUACAUGUUAGAGGGAGUGGGGUAUAUUGACACAGUAACAGAUGGAUUGAGGGCCUGCUCAGUGAGUUUACAUGUUAGAGGGAGUGGGGUAUAGUGACACAGUAACAGAGGGAUUGAGGCCCUGCUCAGUGAGUUUACAUGCUAGAGGGAGUGGGGUAUAGUGACACAGUAACAGUGGGAUUGAGGGCCUGCUCACAUGCUAGAGGCCAACCUUGAAACUAUCAAGUCCAACCUUGAAACUCAUUAUUUUAUGCUGUUGAUAAGCAUCUAUUCUGACAAUGCCAAUCUUGCUGUGCACCAUCGUCUAAGCCAGACUCUACCCAUCGCACUUUUUUUAUGGUCACUGGGUAUUUUUUUCUUCCACUACUUUGGCCUCAUAAGCACGAGCUACAUUCAUUACACGUUGCCCUUAGCUUCUGUUUUUUACUUUGGCCUAAACUCACUAAUUCCCAAUUGUCUACUGUGCCGUAGACUUGUUGGAUAUGGUUCUUAACCCCUGGGUCCAGACCCAAAAAUCAGAGCAGAAUUAACCAUAAGAUGACCUAACGCACUCUCUUAGAGCCCAGGGGUUAGACACAGGCCCUUGAACCAUUUAUUUGCUUGACUCCAUUCACUAUCUCUAUGUGAAGAAUAAACUGGGACCUUAAAUUGGCAAUUCACCCAUGACCAUGUAGGACAUGAAUCCUUCUCCAUCAAGAAUUAGUCCCCUUGUCACUUCAGUGGGUCCCUGAUUGUUGAAUCACGAUAAGCUAGUUACUGUAGUAGCAAAAAAAUAAACAAACCACUUGUAAAUGGUCUAAAAAUCCUCACUUUCCUUGCAUGUUAUAACACUACAUGGAUUCAUAUAUGAUAAUAAUAAUUCUCUUAUCUUGAUUCUCUGUUUGUGGUUUUUGCAGUGCCGGGAUCGGAAGCUGGCUGGAGACAGACAUGCAGCUAGAAGUUACAGUGCCACUGCUCGCUCAGUAAACAUCACUACCACCAUCCUGACAAUCCUCUUCUUCAUUCUCGUUUCCUAUUUUGUGAUAACCAGUCUUCCCCCUUUGCCUUCAUUGGCCCAUAAUUUAAAUGCUAUACUGUCUGGAAAUUAAAUUUAAUUGGAUCGGUCCUUGCCGGUCACUCACAACUUCUUCUAGCCAAGACAGUCUCUAGAUGGACUAUGAAUCUGGGUUUCUCAUCCAUUGCACCUUGCUUAUACAAGAAACAUAAUUGGGCUUUCAUUUUCCAGGUUAACAAAGUCAUUUAACUGACAGCCUCAUGCUUAAUCCUACAGAGCCUAGUGGCUUUGUGUCCUUCAUGUGCUGUUCAUGUGGUCAAAAAUAAAAAUGCAAUAAAUAUUUGUGUAUUAUUGAUA